AUGGCCAACAUCGGCCCUCAAUGAUACCAUGUUGGCUCCAAUGUGUGAAUGCGACGUCAGAGUCGUUCGUAAGAACGUUCCUCCCUGUUUAAGUAUUGUGAGUCAAUAGGUCUGUCAGAUCUGGUUGCCCAGAUACCAGAGACAGUCAGUCAGGCGGAAAGAAAAAAGAUAAAAGAAAGGAGGGAAGAAGGCAUUGUUAACUAGGCAGCAGCGGUGGCCGCAGUAGUAGACUCUUCGGUCUCCUGAUCAGUCGCCGUGCGCUGCGCGGGUUCGAGUCCCGUCCCAGGAGAAAUUUUUUUCUUGGCUAUGGAUGUUGUGAUUGUCCGUAGGUGGUAGACGGUCUCUGACUGUCGAACGCGGAGGUACCACCCGGCGGAUCUCGUAGGCGGAGCCAGAAUGUGUGCAUGUUGCAUGCACACGUGUUCCCUCGCCAGAGUCCAUGUGGCGUUCCCCCUUUCCCAUGUAUCCCCC